CCCAAUUCAACAAAAGCUCUUUCUCGUUUGAACCAAAAAACGUAACCUCAGAGCUCAUCAAUGGCGGCGAAGAAGCAGCAAGUUGAAGACACUAAAAAGAGAAAGCGAAUUAACACUGAAUCUCACCAAUCUCCUUCCAAACCAAAGGCUUCCAAGUUCGUUGCCUCUAAGAAACCUAAGCCACACUUCGACAAUAAAGAGAAGAAGAAUGUCCCCCUUACCGGCCGAGAACGUCGACUCAAUGCAAAGGAAUUGGCAGAAGCUAGAAAGAAGAAGAGAAAGCGCCAUUUCACUCUUGAACAAGUUUUUUUUCCUCGUUUUUUAAAUCCCCAUGAAUUGGGGCUGAUUUUUAAUUUAGGGUUCAAGCUUUUGUUGAAUGAUAUGCUUCUGGUUCAAGAUUAGGGUUCA